UGUCAGCUUUUGGCUUUGUUUACAAAAAGUGCGGUUAUGCCAGGUUAUGCUAAUUUUAAAUUAUAUUUUUCAUAUUUUGUUUGCGCCCUAUAAUUAAAGAUUAUGAACGAUAUUGAAAGUGUUUCAUCUGCAGAAGAUGACUUAGAAGUUAAAAAUUUAUUCUUAAAUAAUGCAGCUACUAGUGAAGUAGAAACAGACAAACCAUUAUCACCUAUUUUAAAAUCGGCUUUGAACAGAAAGGGUUUUGGAAGAAAACAUCGUAACAGAAUACAACUGAGUAAGAAAUUCGAAAAAGAAAAGUGUACUGAAACUUGUGUAGAUACAGAGAUUCCAGAAAUAAACGAAGACAGUUUUACUUUAAGUGCAACUGAAAAUUUAGUAGAAUGUUUGGAGAGACUUGAAGAAAUUGAGAAGAAUCGAGAAAUUGCAUAUAAACAUUUAGUUAACAAUAAAAAAAGUAAUUUAUGCUUUAAAAAACCAACAUUACCUGCUCCUAAAACCCCCAAAAGACUGAAAAUCGCUGUUUCCAGCCCAGUACCUUUCCAGGAACCUGUACAGAUUGAACAUAAUGAAGAACCUUUUGAAAGAUUAAUACUAACACCACACACACCGAUUGAUUUACCAAAGUCAUCUAGUUUUCAAACAGCUACUGGUAAAUACAUACAUAUAGACUCAGAAGAAAUAGAAAACAACUCAAGAAUUUUUGAAUGUGAUCAGAACAAAUACAGUUUUUUGAAAAAAUCAGACUAUUCUCAAAAUAUAAACACUACAAUAACAAAUAGUUCCACAGUAGGUCAGUGUGAUGAAAUUACAUUCUCACAAGCUGUUAGCGGUUCUGGAAUAACUGAUACACAAAUGUUAUUUGCUAUAGAUAAUGCAUUAGACGAUCAUGUUUUGAAGACAGAUGAGUUUAGAGGAUUUACUGCAAUAGAAAAAUCGAUAGCUGUGGAUUUAGCUGCAAAAUUUCAGAUUUAUUUUAAUACAAUUUGUAGACCUAACCACAAAAGACAAAUAGUAGAUGAUCAGGGUCCUAAUAAAAGGUUAAAAGUAGACACAGAGGUGAUUAGUAACAGUUAUACAUCAGAUAUUACCAAUUUUGAAAAUAUGCUGGGACAGAACAACUCUUGUAUCAUUGAUACUAAAUUUGGAGGAUUUUCAAGUGCUGCUGGCAAGAAGAUCGUAAUAUCAACUAAUUCUUUGAGUAAAGCAAAAUCUUUGUUUGAUAAUAUUGAUAGUGAUCUUAAUACCAAUUACAGUAAUUCAAAAGAAAUAAGAAAUACUACUUUAGGAGAUAGAGGUCUAAAUUUGCAGAUGCACUGUCAUAUUGGAAAUAUAUCUUCAACUAAAAACAUCUGCACUUCUGAAAGGAGGGUGAACAUGAACUUUACUUCACAAAACAAGACAUCAGUGCUAAGCAAAAAUGACCAGAAAGCCUGUAGCAGUGUAAAAGAUAAGUUGAAAUACUUUGAUAACCUAAUAGAAGCAGAUGAAAAUGUAUCAGAAGUACACGAUAAUAAUGAAAAUCAUUUUGGUUCAGUUUCAUCUGCCACAACGCUUGGAGGAUUUUCAAAUGCAGCUGGCAAACAAAUUUUGGUAUCGGCUGAUUCACUAAGUAAAGUUAAAUCGUUGUUUGAUAAUAUUGAUAGUGAUCUUAAUACCAAUUAUAGAGCUUCCAAAGAAGUAAGAAAUAAUACUUUAGGAGAUAAAAGUCUAAAUUUGCAGAUGUACUGUGAUAUUUCAAGUAGAUCUUCAACUAAAAACAUCUGCACUUCUGAAACGAAGGUGAACAUGAACUUCGAUUCACAAAACAAGAUAUCAAUGCUAAGCAAAAAUGACCAGAAAGCCUGUAGCAGUGUAAAAGAUAAGUUGAAAUACUUUGAUAACCUAAUAGGAGCAGAUGAAAAUGUAACUGAAGAACUCACUGAUAAUAAAAAUCAGUAUGGAGGAUUUUCAAACGCAGCUAAAACAUUUGAAGGAUUUUCAAACGCAGCUGGUAAACAAAUUUCGGUAUCAGCUGAUUCUUUAAAUAAAGUUAAAUCUUUGUUUGAUAAUAUUGAUAAUGAUUUUAAUCUCAAUAAUUCUGAUUUAAAAGAAACACAAGAAACAAAACGUUUAGGUGAUAAAAGAAGCAACUCACAAAGAUUUAGUUACAUAAAAAAUGUUUCUGUACCAAAUAGCCACACCAUUGAAGGACCAAAAAUGAAUUCAGAUUCUUCGUCAUCAACAUUAGUUACUAAAGAUUAUCAAAAGGCAAGUAUUACUGCAAAACAAGAUGUUAAAAAGUUUGAUCACUUAGAAGAAGAGCUAUCAAAACCUACUGAAAAUGCACUAGAUGGAACUACAAGUGAAAAUUUGAACUUGGGUAAUUAUAAAAAUAGUUUUACCUCAGCUUCAAUUACAAAUAAUAAUGCCUUUGGCGGGUUUUGUAAAGCGUCAGGAAAAGAGUUAAUAGUAACUUCUAAUGCUUUAUCGAAAGCGAAAGCUUUAUUUGAGGAUAUGGAUAUUGAUCCAAAUCUGAAUUUGGUAAAGACAGUAAAACCUUUAAGUGAACAAAAUACUGGUCUUUUAAAUCAUGAAACUAAGACCAUUUAUCAUAAUAAAAUACUUAAAAUUAGUGGUGCUCAAGAAAAUAAUCCAUUGCAACCAAAACACAAUGACCAAAGUAUGUCUGAAGUUCAGAGUAAUAAGGGAAAUGCUUCUGUAAAAGAUAAACUUAAGUACUUUGAUCAACUGAUAGGAGAUGACUUAGAUUUUGUUCCAAAAACUGAUUCAAAACUUCCCAAUUUAGUCAACAAGCACAGUACUACCAAACCACCAACUGUAGUUAAACAAAAAUUAGAGUUUUUUGAUAAUUUACUUGGAAAGGAUGAUCUGCCUCUUAAAAAUAACUCAUCUUCUAAUAAAAAUCCACAAAAUGUUGUAAGUUUCUCUAGUACAUCUGGACUCUUACAACUGUCUAACGUUCCUUUAAAGAAGACCAAAACCAGUUUUGAGGACAGUUCGGAAACAAAAUCGAAUUCUAGUUUUAAGACUCCCGUAAAAGGUAUUAGUAACUCAUCAGCCAAAAAAACUAAAAGAAAGUUAGGUGUCUCUUCUUUAAGACAGAUUUCCAUCCCUGAAUCAAAAUUGCAGAAGGCUAGAUUGAUUUUUGAUGAAGAAUUAACUGGAAUAUCACCUAUCAAACCCUUACCAAACCAAAUACAAACCAACAACAGUAUUGAGCCCUCACUACAAACCUCCUACACUAUUAACAACUCUUGUUCCACUCCUAUAAAAAGAAAUAUUGAAUCACAUGAGAGUGUUAUGGACUUUCAAGAAAUUGUUACGAAAGAACCAGGUAUUACUGAUACAGAAGAGUCUGUUAUACAAACUGAAUUUAAUCUUAAAGAAGAUUGCCUUGUUACCUUUACUAGAUCCGAGAAUAAAGACUUAAAUGAAGUUAUCCUAGAUUUUGGUGCUGAGGCUAGAAAAUUGGAACAAAAGUUAAUAGUGCUAAACAAAAGGAAAGAAAUUCUGGAAUCUUUUAGGAAAGAUAAAGCAGAUUUUGAUAAGAGGCCUAAAAUUGGAACGUUGUCCAAAUCGAAAAGUCAAAGUAACAGAAUAUUAUUGAGUUCUUUUGUGGAAGGAUUUCAACCAGGAGCCAGUUGUGACAGUAACUUUAAUUGCAUUACACCUCAAAAUGCUGCAGACAUUCAUUUCAAAGAAUCAUCUGCAGUGAUUUUGACAGAAGAUGGGGCUACUGUUGUACCAAAUAUAAACAACCUGAUAGGAGUUUCUGAAAUAGAAAACGCCUUUAAUGCUAUGCCUGGAACAGAUCCCAGGUUAAUACCUAAAGGCUGGAUAAAAAACCAUUAUAAAUGGAUCAUUUGGAAGUUAUCCAGUUAUGAACGGAUGUUUCCAGAUCAUUUUAAAGGUUCUCUUACUGUUGAGCAUGUUAUACAGCAAUUAAAAUAUAGAUAUGAUCGCGAAAUUGAUAAAGUAGAGAGAUCUGCAUUACGAAAGAUACUAGAAAGAGAUGAUGUUCCUCAGAAGAGGAUGGUUCUUUGUGUUUCUGAUGUGAAAAAGGUAGGGUUUAAUUCACAUGAACUAGAACUUACUGAUGGUUGGUAUGGAGUAAGAACUGCCAUUGAUGAACAUUUAAAUUACCAAAUUUUUGCUGGAAAGAUCAAAAUCGGUACUAAAUUGAUUACCUGCGGAACUGAAUUGAUGAACUGUGAUGGAUGCCACCCUUUGGACGUUACGGAUUUAACAUUCUUGAAAAUAUGCUUUAAUUGUACACGAAGGACUAAGUGGGACGUGAAAUUAGGAUAUCAGCGAUUUCCAGGUCCGUUUUCAGUGCCAAUUCACAGUGUUCGUCCUGGUGGAGGCCCCAUUGGACGGAUCGAUGUGUUCGUUGUUAGAAGUUAUCCUUUCAGGUAUUUGGAUAAGUCUGAAGUUAAAUGUGUUUGGCGCAAUAAAAAAGCCGAAGAACGAAGAGCCCAAGCUUGGGAAAAUGAACGAUACAAGAAAUUAGAAUUAAUUGAAGAGAAUAUAAGAAAUGAAUUUAGAAGUAUUAGUAACCCAGAAAAGCUGAAUAAUAAUUGUGAUAUUUCUGGAAUAACCUGUCCCAGAACUCUUUUGGAAAUUAUUGAAAACAGUAAUGAUCCAGAGAUGAUGGAAGCAAAGUUAACUUCUUCUCAAAAAUCAUCCUUACUCAACUACAAACAAAACCUCCUUCAACAAAAACAACAGGAAAUGGCCGCAAAGUUGAAAGACAGUGCGGAAAAAUUAAAAAUGUCCAAACGUGAUGUUGUUGCCGUAAUGAAAUUGUUAGUGGUUGAUCAAAAAGGAACCCCUUCGAAGACUUACAACUUCUAUGUGUGGAAUGCAACUGAUAACCAUUUGCAGCUUCUCAAGGAGGACUCUUGCUUCGCCAUUUUCAACGUAUAUCCCAAGAUAACCGGUGAUCUUAAUUCUGGUGUAAAAACUACCUUUGAGUCUAAACCGAACAUAAAAUAUGAAAGUGACCUAUUCAAAAGAAAAUUGAUAACAAUCGAGGAUCUGUUUAGUUGGAAUAUUUCAUCUCAUUUAGACGAAUUUGAUACGGUGGGAAUUAUUGUCCAAUUAUUCGUCGAAAACGCUACACAAGAAAUAUGGCUGUGUGAUACAUCAGCAAGAUUAUUACUAAUAAAAAUCUCCGAGGGACCAAGUACAUGUCUCUUAUUAGAUGGUUUAAAAAGAGGACAACUCAUCUCUGUGUGCAAUUUGACGUAUCGAGGAACGUCCAAUGAAUUAUUGGUUAGUAAAGCUUCCGCCAAUCAGUUAACGAUUUUUUCUUCGUAUCCGAAAUAUAAGCAACUUCAGAAUGGAUUAGAUGAUCUAAAAAAUAAGUUACCUAAGAAAAUAGACGAUUUGUUAAAGGACUGUGAUAAUAGAAUAGAUAAGUUUAAGCACCGAAAAUCUACAAGUAUAUUCGAUGAAAGCGAUGAAGAUGUUACUUUAACUUCAUCGAAGAUUACCAGUACCGAUGUGGCCUUAUCAUUGAUAGAUUUUGAUAAGUUUACAUAAAUACAAUCAUAAAAUUUUAUUAAUUGUUGUGUUGUUUGUUUGUAUAGUAAGUCCAAAUAAAUUAAUUAUUAUUUUUGAUAUAAAGAGGUGUAAUAAACGUUAUAAAAAUG